UGUUUUUGGAAAUUUUUAAAUUUUUUUAAGUGGAAAUUUUAAGUUGAGAAGGCUGUGAAAAAGGAGGGGUCUUGAAGGGAAAUUUUUGGAUUUUUAAUUGGUAAAUUGGUGAGGUGGUGGAGGAAAAAGUAGGAUUUUAGAGGGGUGAAGGAAGGUUUUGGGGAAUAUGAGUAAAAUUUAUGGGAGCGGUGUGGAUUAGGUUUUAGAAUUAUGAAUUUUUGAUGCCUGAGAGGAAGUGUAGGAAAAGAGUUAUUUGAUUCAUGGAUUAUUUGAUCGUGUAUGUUGAUAAUAAACCUUGAUUUGAGAGUUAUUGCAGAAUUAAUACCAAUUUUGAGGCACUAUUGGAGUAUGUUAUUCUAUUAAUCUUUCCUUAAAUUUAUUGGCCUAUUUUCUGCUGAUUUCUUCCCGAGAAUUUGUGAUCACCUGAAUUAUUGGUGAUAGAGGAAUCAAAAACUUUUCAAAUGUAAAAUAAGAAUUUUAGAUAAAAUUUUAAUCUUCACUAAGAGUUUUUUGCAAAAUCUAGUCUUACUAUAUGCCCUUAUUUAAAUUUUUUUUCAUCUUGUAUAUAUUUCAUUAGUUCCAACGAGUAGUAUGUAAGAGAAUUUACACCAAAAUGUCCCUUUAAGAGCCUCCCCAUAAAACUAUACGAAAGAGUGCUAGGUUUCAUGAUCCUUCUUAGAUAUUAUGAUAUAAUACAGGUGCUUAUAGAAGGCAUCAGGAUUGCAAUCCUAAGUUAGGCAAAAUUUGGUUAACCAUAUUAAAUUAUUUACUAAUUACUUUUUUUGAAUCAAGCAAGUUUUUACGACUACUUUUGUAUAGUUUAAAUAGCUUCCUCCACUUAAUCUUAUGAGAAGAGCAGGGAAAAUUGAUGAAAAUUGAGGAAAAUUAUUGAGAAAUCGAGCAAUCAGUAGUCUCAUUACAACAGAAAUUCUAUCGGAGGCAGACUAGUCUCUAUUUCUAGCAGUUGGCCUCUCUAAACUCUACGAUAUAAGGUUUACAGUUUGUUUUACAUCUUUUAAAUAUCAAAGGAUGUUCUAGGGGGUUGGAAUGCUCUAUAGAUAUAUUUUUCCAUGAAGAAAAGUAAUUAAAAUCCUCUCAUAUA